AGAAGCCUGCCGCCGAGUAAGUCAGAGGAAGGAGGAUUGGGAGGGAAGAGGUUUCAGUUACAGCCAUGCUGAAUCACGGUUGCUGAUCAGGGUCCCUCACGGGGCUGUUGGGAGAACCCAGAGAGCAGCGCCGGUUCCUGGGUGCAUGCAGUUUGGUGGCUACUAACCCUGCCGGGCCUCCCACAAUGGAGGGCGAAAGCGUCAAGCAGAGCCCUCAGCCCACAGCACAGGCUGAGGACGAUGAGAAGAACCGGAGGACGAUAACUGUCAACCCUGCCCACAUGGGGAAGGCCUUCAAGGUCAUGAAUGAGCUGCGAAGUAAGCGGCUGCUGUGUGACGUGAUGAUUGUGGCGGAAGACGUGGAGGUAGAAGCCCACCGCGUGGUCUUGGCGGCCUGCAGCCCUUACUUCUGUGCAAUGUUCACAGGUGACAUGUCUGAGAGCAAGGCCAGGAAGAUUGAAAUCAAGGACGUGGACGGGCAGACUCUCAGCAAGCUCAUCGAGUACAUCUACACUGCCGAGAUCGAGGUGACAGAAGAGAACGUGCAGGUGCUGCUUCCAGCAGCCAGCUUGCUGCAGCUCAUGGACGUACGGCAGAACUGCUGUGACUUCCUGCAGUCUCAGCUGCAUCCCACCAACUGCCUGGGCAUCCGCGCCUUUGCAGAUGUGCACACCUGCACCGACCUCCUGCAGCAGGCUAAUGCCUAUGCAGAGCAGCACUUCCCAGAGGUGAUGCUGGGGGAAGAGUUUCUGAGCUUAAGUCUGGACCAGGUGUGCAGCUUAAUAUCCAGCGACAAGCUGACUGUCUCCUCAGAAGAGAAGGUGUUUGAAGCUGUGAUUUCGUGGAUCAAUUACGAGAAGGAGACUCGCUUAGACCACAUGGCAAAGCUGAUGGAGCAUGUCCGACUCCCCCUCUUACCGAGGGAUUACCUGGUCCAGACAGUCGAGGAGGAAGCUUUGGUCAAGAACAACAGCACCUGCAAGGACUUCCUCAUUGAAGCCAUGAAGUACCACCUCCUGCCCCUUGACCAGAGGCUCUUGAUCAAGAACCCCAGGACCAAGCCCCGGACCCCAGUCAGCCUGCCCAAGGUCAUGAUUGUGGUUGGUGGCCAGGCACCCAAGGCAAUCCGCAGCGUGGAAUGCUAUGAUUUCGAGGAGGGCCGCUGGGACCAGAUAGCCGAGCUUCCGUCCAGAAGAUGCAGAGCAGGUGUGGUGUUCAUGGCAGGCCACGUGUAUGCCGUGGGCGGGUUUAACGGUUCUCUGCGGGUACGGACAGUGGAUGUGUACGAUGGAGUGAAGGACCAGUGGACGUCCAUUGCCAGCAUGCAGGAGCGCCGGAGCACGCUGGGUGCGGCCGUGCUCAAUGACCUUCUCUAUGCUGUCGGAGGUUUUGAUGGCAGUACCGGCCUGGCAUCCGUAGAAGCCUACAGCUACAAGACCAAUGAGUGGUUCUUCGUGGCCCCCAUGAACACACGGCGGAGCAGCGUGGGAGUGGGUGUUGUGGAGGGGAAGCUGUAUGCUGUUGGGGGUUACGACGGGGCUUCCAGGCAGUGCCUGAGCACUGUGGAGCAGUACAACCCAGCCACCAACGAGUGGAUAUAUGUGGCGGACAUGAGCACCCGACGCAGUGGCGCUGGGGUCGGGGUGCUCAGCGGACAGCUGUAUGCCACUGGGGGACAUGAUGGACCCUUGGUGAGGAAGAGUGUUGAAGUUUACGAUCCUGGGACAAACACCUGGAAGCAGGUGGCGGACAUGAACAUGUGCCGGCGAAAUGCAGGAGUCUGUGCGGUGAAUGGGCUCCUGUACGUGGUCGGAGGGGACGAUGGAUCAUGCAAUCUGGCUUCAGUAGAGUACUAUAACCCAGUCACAGACAAGUGGACACUGCUGCCCACCAACAUGAGCACCGGGAGGAGCUAUGCAGGUGUUGCUGUGAUUCAUAAAUCCUUGUGACCCAAACUCCCUCCCAGCCAGGAGGUGGAAGAAGAAGCUGCAGGGCACUGCUUGUGGCAGCAGGACCAUCACAAGUGAUGAGAAGGCCUGAGAGGCUCUGCCGUGGUUCAACAACCACCAUCAUUGUCUCGGCAGACCAACCUCAUCCCUCCACGUGGACACUCAUGACCCACCUUUCUGCUCCAAGGUGCUUUGAAUUCUGCCCUAAACAGUCGAGUUCCUGACAGCCCCAGCAGCACCCUAGGGCGUGCACACUCGGGAACGUGUGUGUGUGUGUGUGUGUGUGU